AUGGUGGGACCUCCGCCCCCUGGGUAUGGAGGCGCUCCGCCUGGCUUUGGUGGCCUGCCCGGUGAGCCGGGUGUGCUCUCUGUGGAGCAGCUUGCGUCCAAGUCGCGCAAGUGGACCCAGAGCCAGAGCCGCAAGUACGGCGACCGCCGUGGCAAGACGGCCUUUGUCGAUACCGGCAAGCAGGAGCUUCCGCCGGAGCAUGUGCGUAAGAUUAUCAAGGAUCAUGGUGAUAUGAGCAACCGCAAGUUCCGUGCAGAGAAGCGCGUGCAUCUCGGUGCGCUGAAAUACGUGCCGCAUGCAAUGCUCAAACUGCUCGAGAAUAUUCCCAUGCCGUGGGAGCAGGUGCGCGAAGUGCCUGUGCUGUACCAUAUCACGGGUGCCAUUACGUUUGUGAAUGAGACGCCCCGUGUGAUUGAGCCCGUGUACCAUGCGCAGUGGGCGACCAUGUGGCUUGCGAUGCGCCGUGAAAAGCGGGAUCGUCGUCACUUUAAGCGUAUGCGCUUCCCGCCGUUUGACGACGAAGAGCCGCCGAUCGACUACGGCGACAAUAUCCUGGACGUCGAGCCGCUCGAGCCGAUCCAGCUCGAGCUCGACGAGGAGGAAGACGCGCCGAUCAUCGACUGGUUCUACGACUCGAAGCCGCUCGUGAACGACCGCAGCAGUGUCAACGGGCCGUCGUACCGUUUCUGGCACCUCGACCUGCCCAAGAUGGCGGCGCUGCAUCGCCUCGGCCGCACGUUGCAGAGCGACUUUACGACCGGCGACCGCAACUACUUUUACCUGUUCGACGUCAAGUCGUUUGCAACGGCCAAGUCGCUCAACGUCGCUAUCCCCGGUGGUCCCAAGUUCGAGCCGCUGUACAAGGACCUCGAAGGCUACGACGACGACUGGAACGAGUUCAACGAUAUCCGCAAGGUCAUUAUUCGGCAGCCGAUCCGGACCGAGUACAAGGUCGCUUUCCCGCACCUGUACAACAGCCGGCCCCGCUCGGUCUACCUCGGGACGUACCACGAGCCGAAGAAUGUGUACAUCCGCACGGACGACCCAGACUUGCCGGCGUUCUACUUUGAUCCUGCGCUGAACCCGAUCUCGAGCCGCUCGCUCGCCAGCGCGCACUUCCGCACAUACUACGAUGAUGGCGAGCCCGUCCUCUCGCACGAGGACGAGGUGUUUGGCGAGGGCGUGCAGGGCGACGACGAGCUCGAGGAUGAGCUCGCGUUCCAGCUCCCCGAUGGCAUCGAGCCUUUCCUCGACGAUGCGCCGCUCGAAACGGACAUGACCGCCGACGCAAUCUCGCUGUGGUGGGCCGCACCACCGUACAACCGCCGCAGUGGCUACACGCGCCGUGCGGUCGACGUGCCGUUGAUCAAGGCGUGGUACUUGGAGCACUGCCCUCCGAACCAGCCGGUCAAGGUGCGUGUCUCCUACCAAAAGCUCCUCAAAAAGUUUGUGCACAACACGCUGCACACAAAGCCCUACAAGCCCCAGACCAAGAAGUACUUGUUCCGCCAGCUCAAGGCGACCAAGUUCUUCCAGACGACGCACCUCGACUGGCUCGAGGCGGGCCUGCAGGUCGUGCGCCAGAGCUUCAACAUGAUCAACCUCUUGAUCCACCGCAAGGCGCUGACCUAUCUGCACCUGGACUACAACAUGAAUUUGAAGCCGGUCAAGACGCUGACCACCAAGGAGCGCAAAAAGUCGCGGUUCGGUAACGCGUUCCACCUUGUGCGUGAGAUGGCGCGCAUGACGAAGCUCAUUGUCGACUCGCACGUCCAGUUCCGCCUCGGCAAUUGCGAUGCGUUCCAGCUGGCAGACGGCCUGCAGUACCUGCUGAACCACAUUGGCCAGCUUACGGGUAUUUACCGUUAUAAGUACAAGGUCAUGCACCAGAUCCGUGCCUGCAAGGACUUGAAGCACGUCAUCUACUACCGCUUCAACUCGGGGCCUGUUGGCAAGGGCCCAGGUGUCGGUUUCUGGGGCCCCUCGUGGCGCGUGUGGAUCUUCUUUAUGCGCGGUAUCACGCCGCUGCUCGAGCGCUGGCUCGGCAACCUGCUUGCGCGUCAGUUUGAAGGCCGCAACGGCCGCACCGGCGGCAAGUCGGUGACCAAGCAGCGUGUCGAGUCGCACUUUGACCUGGAGCUGCGUGCGGCGGUCAUGCACGACCUGCUCGACAUGAUGCCCGAAGGCAUCAAGCAGAACAAGAGCAAGACCAUUCUGCAGCACCUGACCGAGGCGUGGCGUUGCUGGAAGGCCAACGUCCCGUGGAAGGUGCCAGGCAUGCCGACCGCCAUCGAGAACGUCAUUCUGCGCUACGUCAAGUCCAAAGCAGACUGGUGGACCUCGGUCGCACACUACAACCGUGAGCGUAUCCGCCGCGGCGCGACGGUCGACAAGACGGUGAGCAAGAAGAACCUCGGUCGGUUGACGCGUCUCUACCUCAAGGCCGAGCAGGAGCGCCAGAACUCCUACCUGAAGGACGGCCCGUACAUCACGAGCGAGGCGGCGGUUGCAAUCUACACCUCGACCGUGCACUGGCUCGAGAGCCGCAAGUUCCAGCCGAUUCCGUUCCCUUCGCUCAACUUUAAGCACGAUACCAAGCUGCUGGUCCUUGCCCUGGAGAAGCUCAAGGAGUCGUACAGUGUCCAAGGCCGCCUGAACCAGACGCAGCGUGAAGAGCUGGCGCUGAUCGAGCAGGCCUUUGACAACCCCCACGAGACGCUCGCGCGUAUCAAGCGCCUGAUGCUCACGCAGCGUGCGUUCAAGGAGGCGGGUAUGGAGUUCUUUGAUACCUUUGCCAAGCUCAUCCCCGUGUACGAUAUCGAGCCGAUGGAGAAGAUCACCGACGCCUACCUCGACCAGUACCUUGCGUACGAGGCCGACAAGCGUGGUCUCUUCCCGCCGUGGAUCAAGCCGAGCGAUCAGGAGCCGCCGCCGCUGCUUGUGUACAAGUGGUGCAACGGUAUCAACAACCUGCACGACGUUUGGGACACGUCCGACGGCCAGUGCAACGUGCUGAUGGAGACGUCGCUCAGCAAGGUGUACGAAAAGGUGGACAUUACGCUGCUGAACCGCCUCUUGCGUCUCAUCAUGGACCACAACUUGGCGGACUACAUCACUGCCAAGAACAACAUCUCGAUCGUGUGGAAGGACAUGGCGCACGUCAACUCCUACGGCCUCAUCCGUGGUCUGCAAUUCUCGAGCUUUGUGUUCCAGUACUACGGCCUGAUCCUCGACCUGCUCAUCCUUGGUCUGAAGCGUGCCGCCGAGAUGGCCGGCCCCGCCAAGAUGCCGAACGGGUUCCUGCAGUUCCAGGACACGGCGACCGAGGUGAAGCACCCAGUCCGGAUGUACACGCGUUACAUUGACCGCAUCCACAUCCUGUACCGCUUCACCGCCGACGAGGCCCGCGACCUGAUCCAGCGCUACCUGUCGGCGAACCCUGAUCCGAACAACUCGAAUCUGAUCGGGUACAACAACAAAAAGUGCUGGCCCCGCGACUGCCGCAUGCGCCUGAACAAGCACGAUGUGAACCUCGGCCGCGCCGUCUUUUGGACGGUCAAGAACAGCCUGCCGCGCAGUCUGACGACGAUCGAGUGGGACGACACAUUUGUGAGCGUGUUCAGCAAGGACAACCCGAACCUGCUCUUCUCCAUGCAGGGCUUCGAGGUGCGUAUCCUGCCCAAGUGCCGCCAGAACGACAUGAGCGAGCAGCGCGACGGUGUCUGGUCGCUAGUGCAGGCGUCGAGUGGCGAGCGUACCGCGCAGGCCUACCUGCGCGUGUCGGAUGAAGGCAUCACCAACUUUAGCAACCGUGUGCGCCAGGUGCUGAUGGCCGCGGGUGCUGCGCCGUUCAGCAAGAUUGUGAACAAGUGGAACACGACGCUGAUCGGCCUGAUGACCUACUACCGCGAGGCGGUCAUCCACACGAACGAGCUGCUGGACCUGCUUGUAAAGAGCGAGAACAAGAUCCAGACGCGUGUCAAGAUCGGUCUCAACUCCAAGAUGCCUUCGCGUUUCCCGCCGGUGGUCUUCUACUCACCCAAGGAGCUCGGUGGUCUCGGCAUGCUCAGUAUGGGCCACGUGCUCAUUCCGCAGAGCGAUCUGCGCUGGUCGAAGCAGACCGAGACCGGCAUUUCCCACUUCCGCAGCGGUAUGAGCCACGAUGAGGACCAGCUCAUCCCUAACCUCUACCGGUACAUCCAGAGCUGGGAGUCGGAGUUCUUGGACUCGGCGCGUGUCUGGUCGGAGUACGCGCACAAGCGCCGCGAGGCGAGUGCGCAGAACCGGCGCCUGACGCUCGAGGACCUCGAGGAUGCGUGGGACCGCGGCAUUCCGCGUAUCAAUACCCUCUUCCAGAAGGACCGCACGAUUCUGUCGUACGACAAGAUGUGGCGUGUGCGUGGCGAGUUCAAGCAGUACCAGCUGCUCAAGUACAAUCCGUUCUGGUGGACGUCGCAGCGCCAUGACGGCAAGCUCUGGCAGCUGAACCAGUACCGCACGGACAUUAUUGCGGCGCUCGGCGGUGUCGAGGGCUGCCUGGAGCACACGCUCUUCAAGGGCUGCAACUUCCCGACCUGGGAGGGUCUGUUCUGGGAGAAGGCGUCCGGUUUCGAGGAUGCGAUGAAGCACAAGAAGCUGACGAAUGCGCAGCGUUCUGGUCUCUCGCAGAUCCCCAACCGUCGCUUUACGCUGUGGUGGAGCCCAACGAUCAACCGUGCGAAUGUCUAUGUCGGUUUUCAGGUCCAGCUCGAUUUGACCGGCAUCUUUAUGCACGGCAAGAUUCCCACGCUCAAGAUCUCGCUUAUCCAGCUCUUCCGUGCGCACUUGUGGCAAAAGAUCCACGAGAGUGUCGUGAUGGACCUGUGUCAAGUCUUUGACCAGGAGCUCGAGGCGCUGCAGAUUGAGACCGUGCAGAAGGAGACGAUCCACCCCCGCAAGUCGUACCGUAUGAACGCGUCGUGUGCGGACAUUGUGCUCUUUGCCUCGUACAAAUGGCCGUUGUCUUCUCCGUCGCUGCUCACCGACUCGCGCGACGUGAUGGAUGGCUCGAGCGGCAACAAGUGGUGGAUCGACGUGCAGCUGCGUUGGGGUGACUUUGACUCGCACGACAUUGAGCGCUACUGCCGUGCAAAGUACCUCGACUACACGACGGACAACACGUCGAUCUACCCCUCGCCGAGCGGUGUGCUGAUCGGUAUCGAUCUCGCGUACAGCAUGCACUCUGCCUACGGUUCGUACAUCCCUGGCUCCAAGCCGCUCCUGCAGCAGGCGAUGGCCAAGAUCAUGAAGGCGAACCCUGCGCUGUACGUGCUGCGCGAGCGUAUCCGCAAGAGUCUCCAGCUGUACUCGUCCGAGCCGACGGAGCCGUACCUGAAUUCGGGCAACUAUGCGGAGCUCUUUAGCAACCAGGUGAUUUGGAUGAUCGACGAUACGAACGUGUACCGUGUGACGAUCCACCGCACCUUUGAGGGUAACCUGGUCACGAAGCCGAUCAACGGCGCCAUCUUUAUCCUCAACCCCCGCACCGGUCAGCUCUUUUUGAAGAUCAUCCACACGUCGGUGUGGGCGGGCCAGAAGCGUCUCGGUCAGCUCGCCAAGUGGAAGACGGCCGAGGAGGUGGCGGCGCUUGUGCGCUCUCUCCCGGUCGAGGAGCAGCCGAAGCAGGUGAUUGUCACGCGCAAAGGCAUGCUCGACCCCCUCGAGGUGCACCUGCUCGACUUCCCCAACAUUGUCAUCAAGGGCUCGCAGCUCGAGCUGCCGUUCCAGGCGUGCAUGAAGCUGGAAAAGUUUGGCGACCUGAUCCUGCGUGCGACGCAGCCGCAGAUGGUGCUGUACUCUCUGUACGAUGACUGGCUCAAGAGCAUCUCGUCGUACACCGCCUUCUCGCGCUGCAUUCUUCUGCUGCGUGCGCUGCAUGUGAACCCCGAAAAGACCAAGGUGAUUCUGCGCCCGAGCGUGCAGACCGUCACGCAGCCCCACCACAUCUGGCCGUCGUUCACCGACGACGAGUGGAUCAAGGUGGAGAUUGCGCUGCGCGACCUGAUCCUGCAGGACUACGGCCGGCGCAACCAGGUCGCAGUCGCGAGUCUGACGAGCUCGGAAAUCCGCGACAUCAUCCUUGGUAUGGAGAUCGCCUCGCCCUCGGCGCAGCGCCAGCAGAUGGCCGACAUUGAGCAAAACGACGCGCAGCAGCAGGUGACGGCGACGCAGACGCGCACCGUCAACGUGCACGGCGACGAGAUCCAGACGGUGACCACGACGCAGUACGAGAACCAGGUGUUCUCGUCCAAGAGCGACUGGCGCGUGCGUGCGUUGAGCGCCACGAACCUGCCGCUGCGCUGCCAGCACCUGUACGUGUCCAACGACGACGUGCGCGAGGACGUGGGCGCGCUCACGUACGUGCUGCCGAAGAACAUCCUCAAGACGUUUAUCGUCAAUGCGGAUCUGCGCACUCAGGUCGCCGGCUACAUGUACGGCAUCUCGCCGCCGGACGUGCCCGCGGUCAAAGAGAUCAGGCUCAUUGUGUGGGUGCCGCAGCGCGGCAGCAACAAUGGCGUCGAGCUGCCGAACGAGCUGCCGUCGCACGAGUACAUGCUCAAGGACCUCGAGCCGCUCGGCUGGAUCAAGACGCAGGCGCAGGAGCUGCCGCACCUCGCGCCGCGCGACGUCGUGACGCAUGCCAAGACCAUGGCGUCGCACCCCGAGUGGGGCGCAAACAGCAUCUGCGUCACCUGCUCCUUCACGCCGGGCUCGGUGAGUCUCGCGGCCAGCACGCUGAGCGUCGCCGGCUUCGAGUGGGGACGCAAGGCGAGCGCCGUCGACGCCGCGGGCCAGGCGCCGGGCUUCAACCCGUCGAUGGUCGAAAAGGUGCAGCUGCUGCUGAGCGACCGCAUCCUCGGCACGACGCUUGCUCCGAGCGACGGGCCGUGGAACUAUGGCCUGUCGCUCUCGGCGCAGUGGACGCCAAACAUGAAGUACGACGUCCAGCUCGCGCCCCCGGCGGCCUUCUGGGACGAGAUCCACCGGCCCCAAAACUUUUUGUCGUUCGCGGGCGGACUCCCGGACGACCAAGGCGCGGACUGGCAAGACGCGCUGGCAUAG